GACACCGACGCACGCGACCAUGGAGCCCGCGAAACCGAUCAAAUUCACCGUCCUCGGCGACGCGAUCGUCGACGUCAGCGUCGGCCCGCUCGACGCGUUCCCCACCCCCGGCGCGGACGUCGCCGCGUCCGCGAUCGCGCUCUCCCCCGGCGGCAGCGCGCUCAACACCGCGUGGCACCUCGCGGAGCAGGGCGUCGACGCGGAGCUGCGCGCGGCGGUCGGGAAGGACCGCGCGGCGAGCGUCCUGACGCGCGCGCUCGCGGACGAGAGCAAGCUCCGCGACCCGUCCAAAUCGAUCGCGACGCUGAACUACCACGCGACGGCGUCGUGCGUGACGAUCGCGGCGGGCGCGAAGACGGAGCGCGCGUUCGUCUCGUCGCCCGGCGCGGCGCGCGCGGCGACGAUGAAUCAGCUCCUCCCGGACGGCGGCGACGCGGACGCGCUGGACGCGACGCACGUCCACGUCGCGGGGUUUUACGUCUGCGAGGGCGUGCACGGUGGACUCGCGGGCGUCGUUCGGCGGCUGAAGAGCCGAGGCGUCGUCGUGUCGAUGGAUCCCAACUUCGACGCGAACGGCGGCUGGACUAACCGCGCGAUGAAGCUCGCGAUCAAGGGGCCCUCCGCGGUGGACGUUCUGCUGCCUUCCGAGGUCGAGGCGUGCGAGAUCACGGGGAAGCCCACCGCGGAGGAGGCGCUCGACGCGUUGCUCGGCGUCGCUGAGGGCGAGGGAGGAGGAAAAGGAUCCCCCGACGGCGUCAAGCUCGUCGUCAUCAAGCGCGGCGCCGCCGGCGUCCUCGCGGGCGACCGCGACGGCGGGCGGUGGAACGCGCCCGCGUGCACGGUGUCCAGGGUCGUGGACACGAACGGCGCGGGCGACGCGUUCAACGCCGGGUUUUUGCGGUCCUGGGCGUCCGGCGCCGGCGUGCCGCAGGCGCUCAACGUGGGGUGCGCGGCGGCGGCCAUCGCCGCGCAGCACGCGGGCGCGGUUGGCGCGUGGGCGCCGUCGGCGGCGGCGGUGGACGCGUUGGCGGACGCCGAGUACGGGGAUAAGCCGUGGUGGCAGCAAGGGUUGCUCGCGUGCAUGGCGCCGAGGAAGUUGACGUGAUGAUGAGAGUGAUGAAGUUGAAGUUAAUUGAUGUUAAUCGAUGCGAGUGUUAUCAU